CGAAAAGUGAUCAUCGAAAGUUACGUGAGUUGCAUUAAGUGUACACGUGAGGAUUGCGCUGAAGAAAGCUAUUCGAUCGGCCUUGCAAGUUUACGAAAGGUUAGGCGAGGAAGAUUGCAAAAUUGCCAAGAGAAAGAGAGAGCAAGAAAGUGAGAGAAAGGGACAGGAGCAGAAGCAAGGUUAGGAAUUCUUUUGGGAUGUCGACGUACAGGAGGUGGAUCUUGUGGCCGGCGAGGACGCGUUUUCGACACUUCACCAAACCGCCGAUGAUCCAUUGCAGCUGAGAUUAUUGAUGAUCGACCGGGCCGAUUGAUCACUAUCGCGGGACUUUCUUCCGGUGAUUUGCGCCUCGAAGCUUGUAUCUCGAGUUGGCGGACGCGCGAGAGAAAGAGAAGAAUUUCGCUGUCGCUCGGUGUCGUAACGCGGCGCGAGUAAUCUGAAAUUAUCCUCGGGAGAUUCGGAAAAGGAGCAGCAGCCAUGGACUGGAGGAGGGUCGCACUGGCAUUUUUAGUGAUCACAAUAACGAGACACAGCAGUGCACACGCAGCCCAGAUACCUCAACAGCUGCCGACGUCGACUGCAACGAUAGCGAGCACCGUGCAGAUCGAAUGUGCGAGCGAAUCGAUAAUCGUUCACAUCUCGACGGAGGGCAACACGGACUUCCAUGGUCUGGUCUACCCACGUGGGUUAUCGAAGAAUAGCUCUUGCUUGCAGGAGUACAGGAGUCAGCCCGCUCCGAUCACGUACAAUCUGCCUCUCAGAUCCUGCAACACCAUGCCCACUGAACUGGACGACGGUGGUAUAGAGUACUUUAACACCAUCGUGGUGCAGCCACACCUGAAGCUGGUCACGAACCAGGGCAGAGGUUUCCACGUGAGAUGUAGAUACCAGACGCGCGACAAAGUCGUAACGAACGACCAGACCCAUGUGUCCAUGCUGCAAUCUCUACCGUUGCAGGCGACCGCGCCGAUGCCAGGAUGCACGAUGAAGAUUUUUAGCGGUGAUCCAACGCAGCAUCACGUGGCGGAGAACGUGAAGAUCGGCGAUCCCUUGACCCUGGUCAUUAGCAUCGACAAACAAGAGAUGUUCGGUCUGAAGAUCUCCGAUUGUCUAGUCCGUGACGGUCUCGGAUGGGGUGAGCAACGACUGAUAAACGACGAGGGUUGUCCAGUCGACGGCGAGAUCAUGGGACAGUUUACGUACAACGAGGACAAGACGGAGGCCAGGGUAAACUUCCAAGCGCACAAGUUCCCGUAUACGGCGAGUGUGUAUUAUCAAUGCAACGUUAGACUCUGCGUCAAGCAUGGCGGAGGAUGCAGUAAUACGCCGCCGCUGUGCAAUUCGAUAGCUAGACGACGCAGGGAUACUGCCAACGAUAACGAGAUGCAGGGUGUCGAAGGUCUGGACGGCACCCCGGCCACAAUCGAGGUUUACAGCGGUUUGUACGUCAACGAAGCCUCGGACGUUAGUUCUAAAUCGGACUUCACCGAUGACGUCGUCAGAGAAAGGGCUAUUGAUGAUCCAAACACCAUUUGUAUAUCACAAAGGAGCUUCGCCAUCGGGAUCGCCAUCGCCGGUCUCAUACUCAUGCUGGCAGUAGUGGCUGCCAUUUUGGUACUGCUCGCAAAGAGACGGCACAAGAGCAUCUCGACUACGGGAUCAUCCAUUUACAGUGGACCGUACACAAACACUGCCUAUAGCCACAGUAGUUAAAUCCGUCUCGUUUGGCGUGGAAUAAGCUUCAUCCGAAGAUCUGCGAUUUUUCGUGGGAUCUAUAUCUAUAUCUAUACACGAAAUGUCAGCGGAUGAUUAGUCCGAUCGAUGAAAAUUAAUUUAGAUUAAGUUGUUUUCGACGCGAAGUCGAUUCGAAGCGACAAUCGAAGCCACUGCGCGCGAUAUAUAGUAAAAUGAAACGCGAAUCUCUUGCUCAACUGCCCCGCUCUGUACUUCUUAAUUCCACGUUACAUAUGAUAUUCUCAGCUAAUAAUAGCGGUGUUUCGAGAUAUCUGAGGAAUUAACGAUGGUGAGAUCCUAAAUAUCUAUAGCUUUUCUAUCUCUCUUCUUUCACACCAUCUCUACACCGUUCUUUCGAACGAGAAACUUUUACAACAGGGUCUCGAUAAUUCAUGGAUGUUUAAUGAAGAAUUUAUAUCCAAGUUCAAAAUGAUGCAAUACUUGAAUAUGUAAGUAUUGCAUAUUUGACACAAUGUUAUUAAAAAUCGAAAAAAAUAUAUAAAAUAUUUCUUACAAUUAAAAUAAUAAUAUCUAUCAUAAGAAAUAUUAUAAAAAAUAAAACGUAAUUAUAUUUUUAAACGAGAAAGAUGUACAUCAGUGCUUUUUUUACGCGAAUGCAUUAUUAAGAUUUGCUUGAAACAGGAAUGCAGACAUACUUCUCGUUUUAAGAAUAAUCUAUUAGUCUUCACUAAACAAAAAAAUCGUGUUACAAACGAAAAACGUUAUGUUCCAGUAUCAAUUCCGUCCGUGUAAUGAGUUGUAUAUUUUAUAUUAGCGAAACUCUUAAUUCCAAUUGCGAUUGCUAACGAAUCGAUAUGACUCAUUCCCGUCAAGAGUUAUUUAACUUUUAUGUAUAUGUACGUGUAUAUAUACACACAUAUACAUAUAUAUAUAUAUAUAUACACGUAAUAAACUAUACUGUACACUAGUCCGGUAUACGCUGUCCUACCUAACAUACCCAUCGCAUUAAACACACAACACAUGCGAAAGUAUCAUCCAAUUGCGCGGUCGUUUCGAUAAUUUAAUUUAAUUGUUCGUAUGUAAACUCAUUUUAGUUAGAUUUAAGUUUAAGUCAACAUUUAUUAUUAGGUGUGAAUUCUCAAAUAAUUCAAUCAAAUACUCCUAUGAUAUGUUUUUCUUAACUUAUCAUUAUUUGUCCGCGUGCAAUCGUUGAUAUUUCAACCGAUAUUUUUGUGUUUUGCCUUAAUGCAAUUUCCAAUUUAGCAUUUUCCUGUAAUGCAAAUCAUGGACGAGUUAUUAAAUCUACAUGACUUAAUACACUUAAAUAAAAGUAAUAUUACUGCCGAUCACGUAGUAUAUAUUAAUUCGAUUUUCUUUAAAUAUAAAAUUAACAAUCAAAUACGAAAUUUUUUUUUAAAUUGAUUAUCUUGACAAAAAGAAUAGAACAAAGCAAUAAUAAAAAUAAUUUGCUAAUUGAUUGUAUUUGUACACAAUAGUGUUAUUCACUUGAAAAUAUUUAACCAUGAUUGAAAUGUGAAAGCGUAAUUCAAAAUACAUUUACGAUAAAGCCGUUAAAGAAAAUAAAAAUACACGUAACUAAGAUUCGAUAAGAUGUGUAUUUGUGCAUUAUAAGUUUCCAGUGAAACUAUGUAUAAAUGGACUAAUGUCGUAGAAAUAUUAAAUACUUAUCAAAAUGAGACGAUAGAAAGUCGAUUAAAAUCUAAUUGUAAGAUUAUAUAUAAAAGGUCUAUUCUAUGCAAAUUAUUCUACGACGAUGCGAUAUGUCGAAUGAAUGCGACGUACGUAAGCAAUAUAAAAAGAUUUUAAUCCAUUAUAACGCUUAAACAUUAAUAUUAAUUAGUUUAAUUGAAACGAGAUGUUGUGCUUCAAUGUCGGUAUUACAAAUCCAUUCGAAAAUAACAAAGUAAGAACGACUACGAAUUGUUUUCUAACGGUACAUUUUCGAAUGGUUCUGAUCUAAUCCAACUUGUCGGAUUUAAUUAAUACUGAAUAGCAAAAAAAUGCACGUAAAACAAGAAUACCGACAUGUACCAUCUUGAAGCGUUUAGAUUUUAAUUGACAAAGACAAGAAAAAAAAACUCUACUGCCAACGCAGUCGCGUAACUGGGUCCAACGUGGUGGUGGGUACAUGACCAUAAAAUUUUACAUUUUAGAGAGAAAUCAACACGCGUAACGUAACUCGUUAACUUACGAAGCGCUAAUACGCUAAACCGUUUCCGUGUAGGAGCGGAUUGUUAUGGUAUAGUUCUCUGAAAACGAAUAAUGUAUGCAACGACAGCUUUUCCGAAUGGACCCUAGCGCGUCGAAUAACACGCGAUAUUGACGCCUUUUCUGCCGAAAGCGAAUAAAAUCUUCGCCGAUCGGUCUAAAAAUUUUUUCUAAAUCCGCUCAAUAUGCAAUGAAUACUUACGUAAGUGUCAUUAAGAGAACAAGUCUCGAAAUUUUACACAGAAUAUCUGCUUGUCUUAUAGAUUAACAAAUGUAGAUAUACACUUUUCAAUAUUUUCUAGUGUCUUGAAUCUUUCGACAUUUCGCGCGUAUAGCGGUCUCAGGAUGUCUUUUGCUUGGUGUUAUAAAGAAAUAGAGAUUUGUUUUUAUUUUGAUUGAUUAAUCUGCCGUUUUAAAGCGUUUGUAACGCAAAUGAAACGUACUCUUAAUAAUCUUAUGACGCGAGUUUACGCACAUUUUCCAUUUACUUCGACACUAAUGCAAAUUGACAGCGUCCAGUGCUCUCGAAAAAUGUUAUAAUUUCGAAGCGCUACGAGGGUUCGCGGAAUUUCUGUCGAGGGUCGGAAUCGCUCGGCGAACGGAUCACGCGUGAUCUCUUGGCCGCGUCAUGGCAUUGGUUCAUAGUGAUCAUUGGGGACGAAAAUGCCUGUAGAAAUGCCUGAUAAAUAUUUUUUUUUCUUGGUUUAAGGUAAACGCGUGUCCCGAUGUUCCCGCAAUGUUCCUCUGGACCUUUGUCAAAAGAAUCUACAACGAAUAUAUGUAAAUAACGAAAACUUAAUAAAACUGAUAACUAUAAAAC